CGAUCCGCCUCCUCCUCCCCCUUCCAUUCGCCUCGAGGCGCGUCUGCUCUCUCGCUCUCUCUCCGACGAGCCCUAGCUCUCGCUGAGUGGAGGCGAGCAAUGGCGAGGAGGUGGGCGGCGGCGGUCGGGGCCGGGUUGGUGCUGCUCCUCGUCGGCACCGUCGCGCUCAGCGGCGGCGGCUCUGGUGGCCGGCUCCUUGCCGGGCUCCGGAGAGGUGGCGGCGACGCCGACGCGUCGGCGGCGACGAUGACGGUGCCCGGCGCGGUGGACGACCCGGAGGAGGUGGUCUCGCAAGUGCACAUGUCGAUCAGGAACAGCACGGCGAGGAGGAAGCUGGGGUACCUGUCGUGCGGCACCGGCAACCCGAUCGACGACUGCUGGCGGUGCGACCCUGACUGGCACAACAACCGGCAGCGGCUGGCCGACUGCGGCAUCGGCUUCGGCCGCAACGCCAUCGGCGGCCGCGACGGCAAGAUCUACGUGGUGACCGACCCCGGCGACGACGACCCCGUGAACCCCAAGCCCGGCACGCUGCGGUACGCCGUCAUCCGGGACGAGCCGCUGUGGAUCAUCUUCAAGCGCGACAUGGUCAUCACGCUCAAGCAGGAGCUCAUCAUGAACAGCUUCAAGACCAUCGACGGCCGCGGCGCCAACGUGCACAUCGCCAACGGCGCCUGCCUCACCAUCCAGUACGUCACCAACAUCAUCAUCCAUGGCCUGCACAUCCACGACUGCAGGCCGACCGGCAACGCCAUGGUCCGCAGCUCGCCGAGCCACUACGGCUGGCGCACCAUGGCCGACGGUGACGCGGUCUCCAUCUUCGGAGCUAGCCACAUCUGGGUUGACCAUUGCUCGCUCUCCAACUGCGCCGACGGCCUCAUCGAUGCCAUCAUGGGAUCCACUGCCAUCACAGUGUCCAACAACUACUUCACCCACCACAAUGAGGUGAUGCUCCUGGGGCACAGUGAUUCCUAUGUGAAGGACAAGGCAAUGCAGGUUACAAUAGCCUUCAACCAUUUUGGAGAGGGUCUCAUUCAGAGAAUGCCAAGGUGCAGGCAUGGUUACUUCCAUGUGGUGAACAAUGACUACACACACUGGGAGAUGUAUGCCAUUGGUGGAAGUGCUGAACCAACCAUCAACAGCCAGGGCAACCGCUACCUUGCUCCGACAAAUCCCUUUGCCAAAGAGGUGACAAAGAGGGUUGAAACUGCCCAGAGCAUCUGGAAGGGCUGGAACUGGAGAUCAGAGGGAGAUCUCCUGCUGAACGGUGCCUUCUUCACCCCAUCAGGGGCAGGUGCCUCGGCCAGCUACUCGCGAGCCUCCAGCCUUGGCGCCAAGUCAUCGUCCAUGGUCGGUACCAUCACAUCCGGUGCAGGCGCCUUGUCGUGCCGCGGUGGCUCAGCCUGCUAGUGCACUGCACCUUCAGAGAAAUAGAGUUGCGCAACACCGCCUCGCGCCUACAACAACACAAAGAAACAAGAAUAUAGAAGCUUAAAGCCUACCGGAACAUCGCGGGUUACAGCUUUUCUUUUUUCUCCUCCCCUUCUCUACUCUUUUUUGAAGCUUUUGACAAUGGUUAUAUCAUAUAUGACCUCUCCAAGAUUCACCAUUCCUCAACCUCCCCCUGCCUCCGACUUUGAACACUGUCAUGGAGCAGGCGAGAAGCGUUGCUGAUUGAAUUUCGUCGCUCGGUCCCCUAUUAGUCAUCUGAGUGUGAGUGUGUGUGUGUUUUGUUUUGUGUCGACCGAUGAUGUCUGCCCCCUGCACAUUGCAGUGUGUAAUGCGAGGUCAGGGGUGCUCUGACGUCUCACAUAUACCAUGGUUGUCAAACAAGAGUCUACCACAAUGUUUGUGCCUGGGUUGGGUUGGUUGCAGAUGUUUGGUCUGGAGUGAGUGAGUGAGUUCUACUGCUGUAAAAGACGAAUAUGCAUAGUUUACCCCUCUCUUCUUCACUGAAAGUUAAAAGUGGGCUUAAUAUUA